AUGGAUCCGUCAACCAUAACACAGAUGGUUGGCCGUGCGGGUCGCUCUGGUAAUCAUGGUUUAGGCAUCAUGUUUGUUGAACCAAACCGUCCGAGUGGGAAAAACAAGAUUUCAGAGUUUGAAGAGGGAAAAGAGAUGGGAGAUGACGAAAGGAUGGAUGCUUUAGCAAUUACACCUGUCUGUCUUCGUGUAGCUUUAUCUAUAGACAACUUGGCCUUCAGGUUUGGAUACAUUCCUCUGUCGGUGGACGACAGUAGAUAUAAGGAAGAGAUAGCUCGCCAGCAAGCAGCAUGGAUGCCAAACUGCACCUGCUCAAACUGCGAGCCUGAAGGAGCAGUCCAACUUAUCAACGCAUUUCGAAAGACUUCAAAGUCGGAUCUGAGUCAUCUGAUCUCCACGCCUGUUCUCGAUCUAUCAAACCCACUAGAAUCAACUUUACCCUACUUGUGGUAUCCUCCAAAGCUUGUAGUCUCAACCAUCAAGCCAUUAAUAUGUAAAAAAGACGACCCAAUUCGACUCAAAGAAGAUUUUGUAGAGCUUGCAGUAUCUCUAGUUGGUCACUUUGAAAUUCUUUAUCGCAAAUCACCUCUGAAGAAUUGUGGUGUGGCUCCAGAUGUAUUAUUCAAUCGAGAACAUGCUUGGCUCAUUGUGAAGAAUUAUAAAUUAAUUUUAGACGGCUUGUGUUUACGUAAACUUUUAGGAAGCCAAGCUGUUCCAGGUAUUUUUCAAAUGAUCAAUACUUGCAUUCAAUUAUGGUUACAUUCAGAUGCCUACGCACAUUUAGAAUUGGAGAUGGACAUGGCUCAAGUAGAGGAAGACCAAAAUUACUUGGAUGACAUGUUAAUUGAAGCAGAAUACGAAGCUGAAAAACAAGUUCAACUCCUUAGGAAAGCAGACGAGGCAAGAGCAGUUGAAGCACGUAAAGCUGCACGUUUAGAGAAGGCUGCUGAGAAAUAUGAAAAAGAGGAACUCGCGCGCGAAAGCCGACGUAAGAAGAUGGAAGGAAAACAGACUGUUGUUAGAGAUGUGAUGACAAGUCAUGAGGUAUGCCAUUUCACGUGGAUCUACUGUUACAAGUAUUCUUCAUUAACUUCUGUGUCAAUGGCUGAAGAGCUAAACCGAGUGACUUCAGCAAGCGGUCCACCUAAUUUAAACUUAUUGUACUUAUUUUUUCGUGCUUCUUCAGUGAGGAUGUUUUGGAACUGUGUGAUUCCCAAGGUGUAA